GCGAUUCACAAUCUCGGAAACACACACUAGCUCGAAACAAAAUCAUAAAUUACCUGGAACUCUCUUCAUUCAUCUUCACAGGCUCUCUCUGCGAGGCUUAUAUAUUAAAAAAGAGGGCAUCUCAAACAAACUUGGGCCUCCCCGAUCAUUCAUGAUCAUUUGAGAAAUUCAUCACGUGUCACCAGCAUCACGUGACUUCCAGUGUCGUAACAAUACAUUUGGUUGUGAUAGGGAUAUCCCCAGUCAGGCAGAUUUUGAUAAUUUUAAUAAGCAAAUCAUUAGUACAAAAUACAUGAAGAUGCUGGUUGUGAGUGUAAAGGGGAAGGCAGCAAGUACUACCCAGGUGUUGAAACUUUAUAAUUAGUGCCAUAAUUGUUUAAUCAUUUGUAAGUGGAAGGAAACCCCUAUGGAAUUAUCAUUGGGAAAGCCUAAAGAUCAAAGGUAUGGUUAGCAUCACUUAAAUGAAGUCAGCUUGACUUGUGUAGGACCCGAACUAUCUUGAACCCGAUUUCUUCCAACUGGAACUGAGCACUGCCAGUACGACAACCAGAUGAUAGGUUAGGGAUGAGGCUGGGUUGGAGUAUCUGAUAUGCAUGUGCCUGCUGACCAAUGGGGACGGCAGUGGUAGCUGGUCAAAUGUAACCCCAGGGAAUCCUAGUCUAACUGCAAGCUACAGAUGAGAAUAUAAUGGUGACACACAGAUUUAACCAUGGAAAUAUUAAAGAUGAAAGUUGAACCCCUUUCUGAUGAGGAGCAGGAUUCUUUGUUGGAUAUAAAGUCAGUGGAAAAUGAAGAAGAAACUUUUACAUUGUCCAGUAGAACAGAAGAAGCUGAUUUGUUUGAAGAAGGAUUUUCACACACAAUUUUUGAAUAUAGUGUUAUAAAAGAGGAGCGAGAAGAGAACUAUGAUGAAGUAUCAGAGAAAAUGGAGAACAUAUUUGUCAGGGUAAAAACUAAUGAAUCUGAUAAUUCAAAACAAGGUGAGAUUAUUUCUGAGUUCAGUGAUGAUGAUGAUGAACUAGAUGGCUCAAAAGAGGAUGUUUUGAAUGUGAAAAAAGAAAAGGAAUUUCAGCAAGAUUUCCAACAAAUUGGUUGUGGGGUAGAAAGGAAACCUGAUUUAAAGAUUAUUGAGAACAACUUUUGCAGAAAUCAGUUUCCUGGUUACGUUAUAGUACAAAAUCCUUCUACAAAAACAAAACCGGACAAAUCUCAAAAGCAAAACAACAGUGAUGUGAAAGAAUAUUCAAGAAUAAUUAAUAUAAAACCAUAUAACACACCUCAUAUAGAUGCUGAUAAACUGUACAUUUGCCAAAAAGGAAUUGUAACAAAUUAUGAAUUAAAAAUAUGCCACAAAAUAGACAAUGGUGAGAAACCUCAAAGUUGUACUGUUUGUGGGAAAAACUUUAAAACAAAGAGUGAGCUAAAUAUACAUCACAGCACACACAAUGGGUCAAAACCAUACAGUUGCUCAGUAUGUGGCCAAGAAUUUAAACGAAAUAGUAAUCUUAAAGAACAUGAGAAGAUACAUGGUGGGGAAAAAAAACACAGUUGUGUUGUAUGUGGAAAAAAAUUCCUAUUUAAAAGUUACUUAACAGUUCAUAAGAAAAUACACACUGGAGAGAAACCAUACAGUUGUGUUAUAUGUGGAAAACAGUUUAUAACUAAAAGUCACCUAAGUACUCAUGAGAAGACACAUUCUGUAGAGAAACCAUACAGAUGUGUGGUAUGUGGAAAACAUUUUGUCAGUAAUAGGUACCUAAAGAGUCAUGAGAAGAUACACACUGGGGAGAAACCAUACAGUUGUAUUGUAUGUGGAAAACAUUUUGUCAGUAAUAGCUACCUAAAGAUGCAUGAGAAGAUACACUCAGAGGAGGAACGAUACAGUUGUGAUGUAUGUGGAAAACAUUUUGUCAGUAAUAGAUACUUGAAGAGUCAUGUGAAGAUACACACUGGGGAAAAACUAUACAGUUGUUUUAUAUGUGGAAAACAGUUUAUAACUAAAAGUCACCUAAAGACUCAUGAGAAGUCACACUCAGUGGAGAAACCAUACAAAUGUGUUGUUUGUGGAAAAGAUUUUGUAUGUAACAAUUACCUUAAGAGUCAUGAGAAAAUACACUCUGUGGAGAAACCAUAUAGUUGUGUUGUAUGUGGAAAAUGUUUUGUCAGUAAUAGGUAUCUAAAGAUGCAUGAAAAGACGCACACUGGGGAGAAACCAUAUAGUUGCAAUGUAUGUGGUAAAAGAUUUGUACGUAAUAGCUACCUAAAGAUGCACAAGGAGAGAAGAUGCACAUUGGGGAGAAACUGUACAGUUGUGUAGUGUUUGGAAAACAAUUUGGAAAAAAACAUAUUGGAGAAACAUAAUAGAGUUGUGGAAUCUAUGGCAAAAACUUGGUAAAAGACAGUGACCUAAAAAUACAUUGAAGAAUAGUUAUUGAGAAAGAAUAAAUACAAUUGUUGAACCUUUUGAGAAAAAAAACUAAAUAAAUAUUGAUCAAAAGUUGCAUGAGGGAUAAUACAUUGGAAAGAAACCAUACUAUUGUGUAGUAUGUAGAAAAUAAUUUACAAGUUUCAUAAAAAGACAGACUGGAAAGAAUCUUUAGAUCUGUGCAUUAUGUGAAGAGUUGGGUGGUUAGUAUAACUUGCUAAUUUACUAAUCAUCAUAACUUGGUUAUUCUCACGUGGUGGAUCAUCAUAUUUUUUGCUUGUUUUGAAUUUUUAAGACUUCAGGUAAAAUAAUUUAGGAUUACUUUUUCUUGUUUUAAGCUGUUGUACAUUAAAAUUUAUCAUAUACACCAAAUAGUGUGAAACCUAUAAAAGCUGAAAAUACCAUUAAAUUAUUGCAUUCCUUGAGUUUUCCCUCCAAAUUUCCACAAAACUACUAAAACUACUGAAUCUUUGUUGAUGAAAAUAAACAUUACUUUCUUGCAAUUUUCAGACAGUUGUUUUUAUAAAGGUAACAGAAUACCCUAGAAACAUCUUCAGCAAUAAAAACAUAUAAAAGAACUACUAGUUUUGGAUAUAGGUCUUCAUUAGGUGUCAGUUGCCAUAAUUUUCCAUUUAUAAAACAAUGGUUUCUACACAGAUUUUGUGUGCAAAACCGUAGCAUGCAGUUAAUACAUGAGUGCAUUGUAUAUAUGAAUUUGUUUUUCAGAAGAACUGUUACAAAUGAAAUUUAAGUGAAGCACGUAAUAGAAACAAAGUAUUUUGAAUACAUGAAUGAAGCAUGCACAUGUAUUGUUGUCUUCCAUUAUCACUAAAUAUUUGUUGGUAAAUAAUAAAAUAAAAAACAAAUUAGUCAUAAUAUUUCUUUUUUUACCUUUAUAUUUUAUAAUGUUUUUAUAGAAAAAAAUAAGUGCUAUGAAAAAGCAUGUGGAACAUAUGUGAAAUGUUUUCAUGUAAAUGUACUGGUAACUUGACAACAGCUGUGCUACAUCAGUGGUUUAUACUCAGUUGUUGUUUUUUUUUGUUUGUAAUGUUGACUUGUAGAAUAUGGGGGAUUACCUAUUGUGAGGUUUAUAAUUUGAAAAUUAUGGUAAUUGAAUACAUCUUUUAUUGUUGCCAUGGAAAGUUAUUUUUCAAAACCUUUUAAAGAAUACAAGAGAUUUGACCAACAGUACCAAUGUUUAGAGAGAAAAAUAAAUGUUGUAGGUAGCUAGAUCAGAAGGGUGUGACUGCUAAUAAUGUUUUUGAUAUUUUUGAAAAAUGUGUAAAAUAAUUAUGGAAAAACAGGUAUUAUUGUAACAACUGUGACUAGAGAUUUUUUUCUUUUGGAUUAGAGGCACAGCAGAAUAAAACCAAAAGCAUGCACAGGAAAAAGUUCCCAUUCAUUGUACUUGGACUUGAGUCUUUAUCCACAGUUCUUUUAGCGUAGAUACUAAAGAGAAAACAAAGAUCUAUCUCAACUUACAUUUGGACGUGACCUGUGGCCAAUUGUAAUUGACACACAGGUCAAAUGUAACACUAUGUAGGUAAAGGAUGAUUCUUAACCGAUUGUACAUGGGGUCAGUCCAAUGGACCAACCCUGUAUUUGAGGAGGAAUGUUGACUGUGCUUUCAAAUUUACUAUACAUAUCAACAUGAAAUGUGGCAAGCUUUUAACAGUUUGUUCAAAUCUGUUGUACACAAAAAAUCAGAUGUAUUACAAAAGUAUUUGUAUUUAAGAUAUGUCUGUCAAUUGCUGACAUAAGUCUGACUCAUAAUCUGAAAAGUUGGAGUGCAAGGUGAUGUUUAUGCGAAAAAUGAAAAUACUUUUGUCUAUUGUACAAUUUGCAUAUUGCAUUUGCAUAACCUCUAGAAUCUCUAAAAUGCAUAUCUACAGUUUUUCUGUAUCUUUUUAUAUUGUAUCUGGUAGUUACUUUCCUCUACCAUGAACUUUCACUAAAUCAGCUACGUAUGGUAAAAUGUAUAGUUGAUAACUCUAACUUCAAAUACUUAAUACCAUGUUGAAUGGCUUUCUCUAAAAGAUCAUGACAUGUGUACUUUGGUCCCCUAAAAUGGACAACUAAAUGCUGAAAAAACUAUACACAUGAACAGUGUUAACAAUUGUACAGGGUUAUUUGUGAAUUCUGAUCAGUACAGAUAUUUACAAUUUGGAUUUUUUUGGGCAAUAAGUGGCAUUUAUUCAUACCUUGAUAAAGCUUAUCUUAUGUUACAUUCAGAUUCAAACUUACAAUAAUAAUAACAGUAUUACAUGUUCUUUACAUUGAAUUUCUCAUGGGACCAUUUAUGGCAUGACAAAUACUGAACCCAUUUUUCUUUGGGUAUACUGUAUGAAAAGAUCUCGCAACAAAAAUGCCUCUUUAUCCUCAUAAUCUGUUUUACUUGGACUAUCUUUGUUUUCUUUGCUGUUGAUUUUUUAGCAGCCACAUUCUUGGCUUUUAGUUCAAUAUCAAUAUUAUGUUGUUAUGUAAGGAAUUCUAAUUACUAAUGAAUACAGGGUUUGAAACUUUUGUAACGGAACCUGCAGGGCUCAAGUCUUUAUUUAGAAUAUCAUCUGAAUGUUUAAAUAUUUCUAGUGAUUUGUGAAAAUUUAUUAAAUACAAAAACAGUUAAGUUAAACAGCAAAUCAGUUUUAUCCCAUCAGAUAUGAUCUGUAGUUGCAUGAUGCACAUAAGCCUUUUUCUUUUCAACAUUUCUCUAGUGUUCUUUAAUUCUUACCUUAGUAGACUGGAUAACAUAGAUUUUAGCACAUGGACACUGAGUCUUAUAAACAUCACAUUUGUGUAAAAUGGUCAGUGAGUCUCUUAAGUCAUUGGAAAAUAUCUAAUUUGUAAUGUUGGUAAAUAAAAAGGUUUUGAAAUAUAUUUUGAAAAACUAAUCAGUUUUGUAGUGACAUUGUGUCCAUGUGGUAAAUAUAAUGUAUUUUUGGUUUGAACAAAUGGGGUUAGUUUGGUCCUUGAUGAAGAGUUUGGUGAGUUCUGGCAUUUAUUCAAAGCCGUGAUGAUUAUCAUAUCGUACCCUUUAUUAUUUGUAGUAAUUUUAAUUUCCCUAUUGUAAUUAGAGCUUUUGAUCAAUACUGUUGGUCAGAUCUUGUGUUCUUGAACAUAUUUUGAAAUAUUUUAUUUCCACUAUGUUGUUUAAAUGCUGUUGUAUUUUGUGACAUUGAUGACAAACCAGAAAAAAAUAGAUAUAACAUUGAUGUGAGACACUAUUAGCUACAGGAUAAUGAGUCACAUUGAGCAUAAAAUUUUAUAUGAACACAACUAUAUUAAGGCAAUCAGUCAUGUGGUCGUGAACAGAAUGUACACAACUCUAUUUAGGCAUUGCAGCACUGGAUACUUUAGGUGUGUCUUCAAUAUAUAAAGAAACACUAAACUUGACAGCAUGUGCCACUUGUUAGAGAUGGAGGAGAAUAAGUUUAUCCUGGGUAUGAAAUUACUCAUUAUUUUAUACACAAGGAUAUUCUAAUGCAAAGUGAGCCAACAAUUUAUUAGUUUGAAUUGGCAAAAUGCAUGUUCCACUUUUCUCUAUCCUAAUUGCAUACAGGUCUGCUGUUAGCCUGUUUAGGGCCCUUUCCCCUACUCAUUACUUUCAUUACUAGUUUGUUUAUACCAUACACAUGAUAAGAAAACUUAAUAAAACACAUUUUUUACAACAUUUUACAGUCAUAGUAAUGUUUUGCAGUAUAGAAAAAACAAACAUGAUUUAAAAUUAGUUUUUUUAAAAGAUGAAACAUGACAAACUCACCCAGAAUCAUCUGGACAUUAAUAGACUUACCUUUUCUAGUAACACCUUCAUAACCAAGCCCCUCCCAUACAAACCAACACUGGCUCACUAUAUUCAAUUCGCAUUGCUAGAGAUAAUCAACCAAAAAAUUGUCACUGUUAUGGAAACCGAAUACAAUGUUAAUUGAUUUAUCUAAUCCUGAAAUCUUUUCUAUUUCCUAAUUCUUCUCUAGGGAGUGUGGUGUAAAUUUCAUGCUUUCUGUAACAAAAACAUUCUUCCAACAAAAUGUCCAGCUAUUUGUCUGUCAGUUGCCUUAACUCAAAUUUGCAAGUUUCUUCAUUCUAAACCACAAACCUCAAUAUCAAUAUUUUUGCUUAAGGAGAGAAACAUCUGGAGUGAAUUCAAUUAUGAUAGAAUAGUAAAUUGCUUUUUCUCUUUCUUCUAAAAUGGUUUUUAGCAUACUCAUACCACAUAAUUCAAUGAACUCGUUCUGACUUCCUGAUAAAUAAUGUGGAUGCCUUUGCAUUGUUUUGCCUCCAGUUUGCAUUUGUUGCAUUUUAGAAAUUUUUGUUAUGAGUGACCCUGUUAUCUUGAUCUAGCAACUCAAGAGUUCCCAAAAAUUAUGAAUGUGGGGUCACCAGUCACAUUGUUGUCACCUUGUAAUGGCAAGCCUCUUGAUGCAAGAUGUAAGGUAACAUCCAAUAGUCUCUGCAGAAUUACUUUCGGUUUUUUAGCUUCACUUAAAAUCUGUUUUUGAAUCCCACUAUGUACUUCAUGUCUUAAUAGUGACUGUCCUAAUUUCUUUCAUUGGUAGCAGCAGCUUUUUUGUUAUGCACAGAAAGUUUAUUUACAGCUUGUUCAGUUUUUUCAGAUGGUGAAUAGCCUUCACUUUUUCCAACAUGCUACAUUGUCUGUGAUUUUCCUAUGCAGUAAAAACAAACACGAAAAAGUGCAGUACAUUGUUAGUGGCACUUUAAACAAGCCAACUGUGAGGAUGUUUUCUCUAUUGUUUGACAACUUCAAGUACAGAAGAAAUUCAAGAAAACUAUGACCAUCCCCUUCUUUUGGAACUGACUUUACAUAUGUAUCAUUUCUUCAUGCUGGUACUUUGAAUAAAACAAUUUUUUGAUGCACUGCAAUGUGUUCAGCCCACAGUACAGGAUGUUUUACAUCCUGUGCCUCUGUAACCCACUUCUGUGAUUUCUCUUUACACUUUUCUUCAUGUAGAUAAUCUGUUUCUGAUUGUGAUCAUACUUCACUAUUCUUUCAAAUCAUGAGAUUAGAAAUGGAAGCACAUUCAACAUGCUACUUUUCCACAACUUGUAUAAUGAAAUCAACUUGACCCUCAUCUAUAUGUUUUGAAGUUGAUGCUGUUUAGCUUGAGGAGAUAAUCUCUUCAUUGGCUUUAACUGGCUUAAAAACAGUGAUUGAGUGAUGCCCUCUAACUUCUUUUUUUUUCUUUCCAUCUGCUUCUUAUGUUUUUGACCUGAUUUUUAUUUGUAUGCAGACAUUCUCAAACAUCAAUGGUUAGCAACAUUGGUAGGCAGGUAGUGCACAAGGUCAUAAAUUUUACAUAACAUGAAAGGGAAAACUGUUUUAUCAUAUUGUUUGCUUCAAUAAAUGGUAAACUUACACCAUUCAUUUAUGCAGUCAUUCUCAAUUAUCAGCAGUUAGCAGUAGUGGUAGACAAGUAAUGCUCAUAUCAGUGAAAUUGUGCUCCUCCUAGAUUCUAUACUCUUUGUCAUUGUUGUAGAUGUUAGAAUCCAGUUGGAAAUUUGGUUGCAAUAUGAUCUAUACCUAUUGUCUAGGCAUGUUUAAACAAAUUUAGGUUAAUUGAAUUCAAGAGAUUACUAAAAAUUGAAGGUUUAAAACUUUUUUUUUAAAAGUAGGCUCUGCUGUGCCCCUUGACUGUCUGGGCCCUAGUAAAAUUUACCCUUUUACCUUCCAGGGCCCUGCUGGCCAUAGUAUUGAUUCGUGAGAGAAUAUCUGAAUUAGACCUACCUCUGUAAGUCCACUUUGCAAUCCAUCAUAUUCUAAUUCUAUCUUGUUUCAGCUGGCAUUUCUCCAAGAACAACAGUCUUCGAAAUCCAUGUCAGUACCUCAAUGCACUUUGAUCAUAAGAGGUUAAGCAUUUAACAUUUUCUUCCUCUUUUGAUACAAAGAAUGUGGUUCAUUUGGAACAUACCCUCAAGUGUUUGACUUUUCUUGUGAACCCUAGAAUUUUUUAGCACCACUGAAAUAAGAAGGUUUGUUAUCCCUGCAUUUAUGCUGCAUUUUUUCUUUUUUCAUUAAUAAACAAUAUGCUAGGGAGGUACACUUCACUUUUUUUAACAGAACUUAAACUAAACUAGAAACGCAGUACAUAUUUGUCAAAUUGAGUUAUGCCAUUCCAAUUUCACUAUAAUACUUUUUCCCUCCAUGGCAAAACCAAUUGAUUGCCACUUAAUAGUGUAGGCAUAAUUAAUUGAACAGGAAUGAUUGUGCCAUUGUUGGAUGCAAGAAACAGUACUGUUACAAAGUUUCACAGUGAAAUUGUUUUCUAUAAUCUGUGGAUGUGACAUUGGUUAGCCUUAUGGGGUCUAAGGCAAUUGCCCUGGUUGCUCCUACCUAAAACAGACAUUGGUAGCAUGCAUAUUUGUCAUUGUAUAUUAAAUCAAAAAAUUAAUUCUGGGUUUUUGGUGACAUUGCCAGGAUAAAUUUUGGUAGGUAAAUAGGAAAUUUUUUCAACAUUCUCUAAAAUGUUAUUACACUGCACUGUAGUAUUCCAUUAUCGGAAUAGAGAAUGUUUUUCGUACAUUUUAUGAAAUUGUAUAGUAUUUCUACUUCCAAUAAGUCCUAUAGGUAUUAAACUGAAGUUCUUGUUUUGAAAACACAUUGGCACACAAAUACUUGAAGUAGUCUUUCAAUUAAAGUACACUAGGGAAACUGUAAUUGUGGUUGAUAUAUAUAAAUUCCACCAGUUCCACUUCUUAAUAACAUUUAUAGUUAUAAAUAUAACUUUAUAGUUCUUUAUAGGAUUAUCAUUUAUUUUCAUUCACCA